AUGAUUACCCACGCAUUUGACGAGACCAAAGUGAAAAAAGAAAUAGAACCCGAGGAGUACUACGAGCAGUUGUACGAGGAGGAACCAUACGGUGGUCUGAAGCAAACCGAAGAAGAAAUGGUGGAGCUUCUCGAGAGCAUGAGUCCAGCCGAGAUCGACGACUUCAGCGACUGGCUAGUCGCAGAGGGAAACGAGAACUAUCUGUUCACUUUUCUGCAAAUGCUCGACAAUCAACUGGUGGAUAAAUUCAACGAGGAUAUUGAGGAGGAGAACGAGAUUAUAAACGUCCUUUCCAAUAUCGAAAGUCUGGCCGCCGACGUUGCUGAAAAAGAGAAGGCGAUGGCAGUAGCGGAGAUGGUCCGACCGGAAGUGGACUAUUUUCCCAAACGGACCCUGAAGAGGGAAGUAUCGCCUGAUUUUUACCCACAAGCAGGAGGUUUUCUGGUGUAUGGCCCUGAGAAGAGGAUGGUGUUGGCGCGGGAGGCCAUGAACCCCGAGAAGCGAUGGGGCUUGUGGUAGGCUGAGACCCAAAUGGAAAUACUCCCCCCUGAAGAGGCUGACGAAGAAAGACAAAGGGUUCCUGAAGACGGUCAAUGUGUUCAAUUAUUUAUAUAAGCAAUAUGGGAUGAAUUCAAAUGUUUGUUUCGUUC